GCGGAUCGGCGUAUGACAUCUCGAAUGUUUGGUCCCGAAGGACAUCGCUUCUCAGACUUUGGCUCAAUGAAGCUAUCAGGGAAUCAUGGAUUUAGUGGUAAUGAUCAAAGUUAUGCGUCUAGUUCUUCUGGAAAUAAUGUGUUAUCCUCGAGUUCUGACAGUGCUCCGAGAAUACUUGAUCAGCCAGUGUUGGUACAGCAACAAAGACCCACACAUAAUCGUAGUUCUACGGGCACCGUUAUGUUUAGCAAUGCACCUCACAACUGGUAUCCAAAUGUGGCUCCUGAUUCCCAGAGUAAAUUUUCAGGAAUUAAUUUCCCUCCCCCUCCCCUAAAUGCGAUGCAGCCACCCCCAUUGCCGCCACCACCGCAAUUCGAAGUAGAUAUGACUCGAUUUGUACCACCACCCCCAUUCAUGCAGCAAACACAACAGUCAAUCGAAGAGAACUCAUGGCAACAAUCUCAGCAAACUGCCUCACAUGGUCAUCCGCACCAACACACAUUUACAGAAAAAAAACAUUUUCCUCAUCCGACCAAACUUGAACUUCCAAAUGCAAGCAGUCUUCUAGACAAUCUACCACGUGGGAGUAAUAUUCAUAGUACAAAUUCACCACAGGAUCAUCAACAGUUACACAAACGCUGGUAUCGGCAGACAGCCCCUCAAGAAGCUCCUUCUAUGAAUUCAUCAGGAUUGAGUGCAACUAAAAAACAAUUUUUAGUUCGUAAUGGAAAUCAACAGUUUACAGAAACACCAUCGCUUACUACUCAGCCAAGGACAAUGAGUAACAUUUCACAUCAAAACAAGUCUUUAAAAUCAGAACGAGUGCUUGAUCAGGAGUGGAUUGAUGACUUGAUCAGAACUAGAAAUGUAAUAUCUCGAAAAAAAGCAAAACCUUCUAUACCAAGAAUGACUGUUGGUGAAUUCAAGGAUCUUCUAAGGCAGAUAAUUCAAUUAAAUGCUGAAUUGAGUGAUUUGCGAGACAAACUAAUGUAUAACAUAGAAAAGGAUGAUUCUGCUUGGCAGUACGAGUACAGAAGAACCCAGAAAAUCCAGAAAAAACUUGUGAAACUUCAGUCAGAGCUCAAUAAUGAAGAAGGGAUUUCACUCAUCAAACAGAAGGUGGAGAGGAUAAAAAAGAAACGGGCACGGUCAAGACAAGCAAGAAAAAGAAAGUGUGAAGAGAAUGAAGAGGCUUUAAAAAACAGAGAAGAACUUAACAAGAAAAUGGAUGACCUGUUUAACAAGGAACUGGAAAGAAAAUUAGAGGAAACUAGGGAAAAAGCUCUUCGAGAGGAAAUUGACAAGACAACUUUUGAAAUAAGACAAAAGAAAUCAGAAGCUACUAAAGCUUUGAAAGUGUUGAAAUCAUUGCGGAAGUUGAGACAGCUACGAAAGGAUGCCGCUGAGAAGAAAGGCUAUCAUACAACGCUAGAAUCAUCAAAAACUUUUGACCUUAGGAUCCAAUCAUUGGAGAAACUUUUUAACAAACAACGGGAUGUCUACAUGGAUGAAGAGAAGACGAUGCAGGUGAUGAUGGAGUUUAAGCAGGAAGAAGACAAGGAAAGGGAAAAAGAGAUUAUCAGGAAAAAGAUGAGGGAUGCAGCGAAGAGAAUAGUCAAUUCUCAACUUGAUUGUUUGUUUGGCCAGGAUGAACCUUUAGAAGCCAGCCAUCCAAUGUAUGCAUUCAGACAGUACUAUUCACAAGCUGAGAACAGCUACCAAUCAUUGCUGGAAAUCAGGCAUUUUUGGGACAGUUUUCUAACAUCUGAAGGUACAUGUGGAGCAUCAAGUAUACCAGUUAACUGGGUUUUCCCCAGUGAAUCCAGUAAUGCUGUAUGGAACUCGUAUCUUGACAAAACUAGAUGAUUUUAUUUUCUGUGUACAAUAAAUACGAGUUCUUUCUACUACUAAA